GACUGUGCAAGACGGUGUGCGCAAUGAGCGCAGCAAUGUCGGCGGUUGGUUUCCAUACCGCAUCUCCAGAAGCUCUAGGCAUUGAUUCAAAGCCGUUGGAGAGACACCGGCAGCGAAUCAAAGAUCACCAGGAGCGUGGCGUUUUUCCUGGAUUUGCCGAGGGUGUCAUUGCAGACGGAAAAUCUAUUUUUCUCAAUUUGCGCGGGUUUACUGACAAGAACAAGAAGCACAAAAUGUCUGAGCGCACACUAUUUCAAGGGUAUUCCAUGAUGAAGCCCAUUACUGCAACGGCCUUCAUGUCGUUGGUGGAUGAUGGCAUGUUCAAACUUGAUGACCCCGUUGAGAAGUACAUUCCAGCCUUCAAAAUGCUAAGAGUGAAGCGUGGCAAGGGGACAGAGCCCAUGCGUGAGACUAUGACCUUGCGUAUUUCGUUUUGCCUGACUCGCACGGAGUCGUCACACAGAUUGCGGCUUUGUGGCCAAAGCUGCACGCUUGCUGCUUUGCAUGUCCAUCACUGGAUUUUCUCAAAGCGUUGCAUCAUAUGCUUACCAUGGCUGGCUUGUGCUCAGAACUCGGAGAAGCUGUACAAAACUAUAGCCACAAAGCAGGAGAGAGGUGAGAUUGACACGUUGGAGAAGCUUUGCAAUGAACUUUGCAGCCUACCGCUGCUUUUUCAGCCUGGAAGUGAUUAUGCUUAUGGGAUGAGUCUCGAUGUUCUCGGCCAUGUCAUGCAGCUGGCGACCGGCAAGCCGUUGCGACGCAUCAUUCAAAGUCGCGUUCUUGAACCAGUGGGCAUGCGAGAUUCUUGCUUCCUCGUGCCUGCUUCCAAGCUACACCAACUCGCCACCUACUACCGCCUGAUGCGUGAUCCAGUAAAAGGCAAGCGAUGGCUGCAGCGGUUGGAUGGAUCGAAAGCAAGAGACAGUAUGUACGCAAAAGGGUCACGCGCUGUUUAUCGCUCCCUUGGAGUGCCAACCGGCGUGCCUGCUGGCGGAGGUUUGUGGGGCGCUGGGCGCUCGACUAUGCUUUUCUCGCUCAGAGAUAUUCUGCUGUAUUGCCAGAUGCUAUUGAAUAGUGGACGAUCUGUGUCUGGACGCCGUGUUCUCAAAGAAUCUACAGUUCGCUCAUUGCAGACAGACUGGCUACGUUUGAAGCGAGCUUCCAAGAUUCGAGAUCCGCCAGGUUGGGGCAGUCCAGAUGACUCUCAGUCCUUCAUUGGCGGUUUUGUUUAUAUAGUGAGAUCCGCGUCCUUAACCUGUCCCCCCCAGCAAUAAGACAAUUUACAGAAACUAUUUACAGCAACUAACUUCUUUUAAAAUGGUAACUAUGCAGGCAACUUGUUAACCAAUUAACUCAGGUCGGGUGGUCACCAUUGGGCAACAUUGAACGGUAUGGUCCUCACGCUGGCGCUCUCUACAUGGGAGGCAUGAGUUAUUUCUGGCUUGACCCGGCUCGAAAGAUUGCGGCUGCCAUCAUGACAGAGACCUAUUGGCAAGUGAACCCGCUGGGUUGGAAAGAGGACAUGGAUGACUUGGAUCAGGUCCUUCAACAUGCAGCCAAGGCUCGAGUGAAGAGACGGCAAAGCGGAGGGCAGAGCCCUCAAAAGCGGAAAAAAAUGACAUAAGGACCUGGCCCUAAACAAAUGCAAGGUGGCAGUCUUGCAAUACUCUGAACUGCUC